ACAAAGUGUUAACGAUCAUAAUUUCGAACAAAAUAAUAUGGGUGUUCCUAUCCCUCAAUCAUUUGCAAUGCCAGGAAUGCUUCUAUUUUCUUUGUUCAUUUUCCCUCAGUUUGCAGUAGGGGGCAUUACCAGGCACUACCAUUUCGAUAUAAUGUACCAAAAUGUGUCACGACUAUGCCACACAAAGCACAGGGUCACAGUAAAUGGUCAGUUUCCUGGACCACGCAUUGUAGCUAGAGAGGGUGAUCGUCUUCUUAUCAAAGUGGUGAACCAUGUUCAGAACAACAUCUCCAUCCAUUGGCAUGGCAUUAGACAGCUUCGGUCAGGUUGGGCUGAUGGACCUGCAUACGUGACUCAGUGCCCUAUCCAAACAGGACAAAGUUAUGUCUACAAUUACACCAUUGUAGGCCAGAGAGGCACUCUCUUUUGGCAUGCACACAUUUCUUGGUUAAGAUCAACUGUGUAUGGUGCCAUCAUCAUUCUUCCUAAGCAUGGAGCUCCAUACCCUUUUUCCAAACCUUACAAGGAAGUCCCAAUUAUCUUUGGAGAAUGGUGGAAUGCAGAUACUGAGGCAGUCAUAACACAAGCAUUGCAAAGUGGUGGAGGACCUAAUGUAUCUGAUGCCUACACAAUGAACGGACUUCCAGGGCCAUUGUACAACUGCUCUGCUAAAGACACAUUCAAGCUAAAGGUGAAGCCUGGGAAGACAUACCUUCUCCGUUUAAUCAACGCAGCACUCAAUGACGAACUCUUCUUCAGCAUUGCAAAUCAUACCCUCACAGUUGUUGAAGUGGAUGCAAUUUAUGUGAAACCAUUUGAGACUGAAACUAUUCUCAUUGCCCCUGGACAAACCACCAAUGUUCUACUCAAAACCAAAUCCCACUACCCCAAUGCCACAUUCUUCAUGAAUGCUAGACCAUAUGCCACUGGCCAGGGCACUUUUGACAACUCAACUGUUGCUGGUAUCCUAGAAUAUGAAGCUCCCCCACACUUUCUUCAUUCAAUGAACAAGAUUUCACUCUAUAAACCCAUCCUCCCCGCCCUAAACGACACGGCUUUCGCAACGAACUUCUCCAAUAGGCUCCGGAGCCUCGCAACGUCUCAAUUUCCGGCUAACGUUCCCCAUAAAGUCGAUCGGCGCCUUUUCUUCACAAUAGGCCUUGGUACAAGCCCCUGCCAGAGUAACCAAACUUGUCAAGGACCUAAUGGAACAAGGUUUGCAGCAUCAGUGAAUAAUGUAUCUUUCAAUCUCCCAACAACAACAUCUCUUCUUCAAUCUCACUACUCUGGUCAAUCCAAUGGAGUUUAUUCCCCUAAUUUUCCUAUUAGUCCUUUGAUUCCAUUCAAUUACACUGGAACUCCACCAAACAACACCAUGGUGAGCAAUGGGACAAAAUUGAUGGUCCUUCCGUUUAACACAAGUGUAGAAGUUGUGAUGCAAGACACUAGUAUUCUUGGUGCUGAGAGUCACCCUCUCCAUUUGCAUGGUUUUAACUUGUUUGUUGUGGGACAAGGAUUUGGGAACUUUGAUGCUAAUAAGGACCCUGCAAAGUACAAUCUUGUUGACCCAAUUGAAAGAAACACUGUGGGAGUCCCUUCUGGUGGAUGGGUAGCCAUUCGUUUCUUAGCAGAUAACCCAGGGGUAUGGUUCAUGCAUUGUCAUCUUGAAGUUCACACAAGCUGGGGCCUAAAGAUGGCCUGGCUUGUUUUAGAUGGAAAGCUUCCACAUCAGAAACUGCUUCCACCACCAGCUGAUCUUCCAAAGUGUUGAAUAUUCAUUAGUAAUUGUGGUCAUAACCUUUCAAAUUCAUUGUUUUGUUUUCUUUUUUUUUUCCCCCUUUAAAAUGUCCAUUGCGGGUUUUUCCUUCAUGGUCCGUCUAACCGAUUGUACUAGUGCAAUUUCUUUAAUUCAAGAGAUGAGGUAAAAGGCUCGAUUAUGAUAAGAUGAGUCUCUACACAAUAACACAUUUGUUUUCAGUGUUGUAAUAUUAUUUAAUUUGAAUGAGUAUUUUGCAGUUUGAACUUUGAAUCAUCUGACACAUAUAUUUGAACAUUCAUUCUUUUUCUCCA